AUGGAAGACAAACUAAACGCUGAGGCAAUUUCAGCACGACCUCCAAAAAUGAGGAGUGCUCUUGCUGCUGUUGCUACAGCUGCUCCUAGUGCUGUUGUUGCUGGUGCUGCAGCUGGUCCUAGUGCUGCAGCUGCUCCUAUUGCUGUUGCUGCCAGUGCUGUAGCUGCUCUUGGUGCUUUUGUUGCUAGAGCUGCAGCUGUUCCUAGUGCUGCAGAUGCUCCUAGCGCUGCAGCUGCUCCUAGCGCUGCAGCUGCUCCUAGUGCUGCAGCUGCUCCUAGUGCUGCAGCUGCUUCUAGUGCUGUUACAACAAGUGCCAGAACACCAAGAACAUCUGAGCAUGGUGCUCAGUUGGGUAGAAAUCCUACCAGCCAAAUGCGUGAAAUCAUUUACGGGUCAUUAGAAAAGGAAUCUCCCCCACUCUUCGAGGAUACUAGCAAGCAACGUUGUAAGGAGCCUCGGAGUCUUCAAGAAAGUUUGCAUUGUUGA